GGGGGUAGGGGCGGGACUUAUCCGCUGAAGAUGGGUGAGCUUCGGGAUGGGAAGAUGUUGGCUGCCAUGUUGGUUCUGGUGGUUCCUCAACGGCCAGUGGCCCGACUCCUCCGGAAAUGGUGGGAGCUACUGCAAUGGAAAUUUCUGGACACUAGGCCAGGUCUUCCCAGCCCUCCGUGGGGACCAGCAUUAGCUAUCCAAGAUUCAACUACAUUUAUAGAACCAGAAAAUACUACUAAUGGAAGUAAGGAGAUCUCCAGCCUUUUGGAUAAUAUCUUUUGGAUGGCAGCACCCAAAAACAGACGUAGCAUUGAAGUUAACCAGUGUAGGAGAAGAAAUCCUCAGAAGCUUAUUAAAGUUAAGAACAACAUAGACGUCUGUCCUGAAUGUGGUCGCCUGAAACAGAAACAUGUCCUUUGUGGCUGUUGCUAUGAGAAGGUGUGCAAAGAGACUGCAGAAAUAAGAAGACAGAUAGGGAAACAAGAAGGGGGCCCUUUUAAGGCUCCUACCAUAGAAUCCAUGGUGCUGUACACAGGAGAGACACCAUCUGAACAAGAUCAGGGCAAGAGGAUCAUUGAACGAGACAGGAAGCGACCAUCCUGGUUCACUCAGAAUUGACGCCAGAGAUGUUUAAACAGUAUAACUUAACAUAAAACAUUUCUCUUGGAUAAAAGGAAGAUUCUUUGUUUUCAGUGUUUUGUGCCUAUUUUAAAAUUAUCAGUGUGACUUAAAACAUUCUUCAUAAGCAGUUAGUUUUAUGUGGAUAAUUUGAAGAUAGGAAUAAAAUCUGAAAAUGUUUAUGCAGAAGUUCAGUGGAUUUACAUGUCUGUUUUUAUUAUAAGAUUUUAAGUAUACAUUAAAUUUCCAGGACAAAGCAAUAAAAUAAUUUAAAAAUCAUACCAAGAGA